ACAACAAAACAAACAACAAAUUAAAAAGCAUGUAAUUAAUAAAACCAAAAAAAAAAAAAAAAAAUCAAAAUGUCAAAAAGCACUUAAUUCUUUUAUUUUUAUUUUUGGUUGUUGUCCAAAAUUAUCUGAUGUGAUGUUUUUAUAUAGAUAUUAUUAUUACUUUUUUUUUAAUUAACCAGCAAAUUUUUAUUCGAUACACUAAUAAUACUGUGGACCAACAACAAGCAGGCAUUGCAUGUUUAGGACCACCCUUUUCUGAGGAGAUCCCCUUUUCUUUAGACCUCCCUCCCUCCCCCUACCCUUCUAAAUCACUGCUGAUUUGUCUUGGAUUUCAGGUUCCUGCUUUUGGAUUCUAAAUAAUGUUUUGCACUGACAAUGUUGAUAAGGAAUUCAGUACUGAAUGAACCCUUACAAACCUUUAUACUUUUAGACUUCAUAUAAAUCAACAUUGUUUGUAUUGACAUCACCAACAUUACUUUUAGAGGACUGAAUAAAUACUUCUGUCAGAUCAACACCUAUAGGUCUGAAUGAGUACUUUUGGUACUCUUGUAGUUAGAAAUUAACUGUUUAGUGCAGAAAUUACACCAAACACAGCAAACAUGAUCAGAUCAUUGCCCUAAAAACUUCCUAACUGUAAUUUUUAUUGUUUUUUUCCCCCAACUGUUUUAAUGUCCAUAAAGCUAUGCUAUAGGGAACAACUAUUCCUUACCAUGUUGAUUAAUACACAAUCUGGCAACCCAAAUUAAACUCCUCCUAUGAGGUGAGUUUGGGGAAUCUGGCUACUUUUAGGAAAUCUAUAAUCUUGGUACCCUGCAUCAAAUGUGUUGAUCAGGCAGGAUGUUCCACUCUGGCAACCCUGAUUAAAAUUCAAUCCAAGCAACAUAUCUAUAUCAACCAAUUACAAAGCAGAUUCAAUUUCAAUUAGAAUGAAGUCGUAAUGAAUUAGUUUGGAAUCUAGUCGGAUCAAAUUUGAUCCUUUUGCAAACACCAGGUACCACUUAUUAUAAUCUGGCAACCCGAGUUGAUGCGCUGAUAUAAGUGAGGUUGCUCUGGAGCGCUCGAGACUCUGAGGAGCAGAACCUGAACAACAGGUGGACACAAGUUGACCUUCAAUCAAGUUCUAGAAGGAACAGCAGCCGGAACAAAAUUGAAACAUCUGGAGGACUGGGAAAUAAUCUUGGACGUUUCAUCCCGAAACAGAUCAUUUCCAAACAAUGGCAUCUUUUACAUCAGCCCCCAAUCAGACCAGGAAAUCAGACCUGUAUUCUGCUAAAGCGACGGCCGCAUUCGCCACAGCGAUCACGUUCAUGGAUCUGUUCACCAUCGUGGGAAAUGUAUUAGUCAUCAUAGCCGUGUUGACGAGUCGCUCUCUGAGGAGGCCGCAGAACCUCUUUCUGGUCUCGCUGGCUGUGGCAGACAUCCUGGUGGCUAUGUUCAUCAUCCCGUUCUCGCUGGCUAACGAGCUGAUGGGUUACUGGUGCUUCAGCUCAGUGUUGUGCGAGAUCUACCUGGCGCUCGACGUGCUCUUCUGCACUUCCUCCAUCCUUCACCUGUGCGCCAUCAGCCUGGACCGCUAUUUCUCUCUAGAGAAACCUCUACAGUACAGGGCCAAGAGGACGCCAUGCCACAUCAAAUGUGCCAUCUCAAUCGUUUGGUUGAUUUCCGCUGUCAUCUCUUUCCCACCUCUGGUUUCAAUGAACAAGAACCAAGAGAAUUCCAGCUCUGUUGAUGGACCCCAGUGCCAGCUCAGUCAAGAAUCCUGGUAUAUUCUCUACUCUACCAUCGGUUCUUUCUUCGCCCCCUGCUUCAUCAUGAUCCUCGUCUAUAUGCGCAUUUAUCAGAUCGCCAAGCAGCACACAAGAGACCCACCAGGAGAGCUCUACCAUCCUGAAGGCACCAACCAUUCAGAAGGCACCAAGGUCUUUUCUCCCUCGAGUCCCAGCUCUCCUAUACCUUUACAAAUUCAACCCCCUUCUAUGCAAAGGAAAGCCCCCAAGAAACCCAAAAACACCAAGAAUGAGAAAAGAAGCAAACAGAAACUUGUCAAUAACAAUGACGAGAGCUCAAGUUUCGACUCAGACACGGAGGAAACACCAGCCACCGUCCAGAAGAACAAAGAAUGGAUCGAUACACCCAACUUUGCUAAACGCAUGUCCAUAGUGAUCCGGGAGAAUCGUUUAACCUUCGUCCUGGCGGUGGUGAUCGGCGUUUUCGUCGUCUGCUGGUUCCCGUUCUUCUUCUCCUACAGCCUGCAGGCCGUGUGUCCAGAAACAUGUAAGCUGCCCAGCCCGGUCUUCACGUUCUUCUUCUGGCUUGGCUACUGCAACAGCUGCCUCAACCCCGUCAUCUACACCAUUUUCAGCAAGGACUUCCGCAGAGCCUUCAAGAGGAUCCUGUACAAAACUACCACUAGUAUAUCCUUUGAGCUUGCAUCCAGGGAAUAAAAAAACGGAGAUCAAAAAUAAAGCAAGAAAAAAUUGUUUAUUGUUUGUUUUUAUAGAUCUGUUUUAUAGCUGCACAAAGUUAAAUCACAUUACGCUGUUUUUUUUCGGUAAAUGCUAGAUGACUGAAUUCAUGCCGACUUGUGCAGGUUUGCAAUAUUCCGUUCCUCGUGCCACAAAUGCACAGCGGAGGGUGAACAUGAUUUCAUCAGGACGAAAUAAAAACAAAUAAGGCAGCGAUCUGUGAGGAUCGCAUAAAAGCGACGGGUAGCGCGGCGCAUGAGCGUUUCCCUCCGUCGCCUUGCAGAGAAUUCCUGCCCUCGGGGAUAAUAUGCGCAUGAGUUUCAAUGCAACCAGGCUUAUUUGAUACCUGAUGCUGGGUGUGAAAGUCUCGUAUGCGAAUAGGAGCGUGGGCUGUGGGCGAAUGCGUGUGCACGUUCGCCACGCAGGGAGCUGUUGUCUUUUCAUUUCGCCUGCCUUUGGCUCUGCCUCCUGCGGUGUCGCAAAAUUGUUUGUUUUGAAUUUGAGGUUGCAUUACUAAAGAAUGGUAUUCGGCAUACUGUAUGCUAAGCGUCGGACAGGAUGGUACAGGGAAACGGGAAAUUUCUAAACUAAGAGUUGGCGAGCCUAGGACGCCGGGAAUCGUUUGGAACCAGUGCGAGCUCCUUCAGAAUCUCUUGCCAUUAGCUAUAAUGGUGCGCAACGUCAUGAUUCAUGAUUCAGGACGUCAUGAUUGUGUCCCUUCUGAUCAUGCGAAUACAACAUGGUGCCUAAUAAAAAAAAAAAAAAGGAAUGGAGGAUGGAACGGUGCGGUGAGGGCUACUCAAUUGCAGCUCGAACACCCUUAAUGUUCUCUGGUGUGGGGGAGGUUCAAACACCACCUGAGGACUUCUUUUUUUAAGCCUGGACCGAUCAGGACGUCCUAACCUUUUAUCACCACGUUGCGCACCACCCCACUGCUCCAUUAAAACCAACGCAGGUUUCAAACAAUUUCCGAAGUCCCAGGGUUGCCAUCUCCUAGUUCCAAAAUUUCACUUUUCCUGCGUAUUUACGUUGAGUUUGGUCUCAAAAGCGUUCGGACCGCCAUCCUAGGUGGCAUGACCCAACCGAAAUCCCAAGAAAAUGUGAUUUUUACGCCCAUGUUUAUUUAUUCAUCAUUAGUAAAUUUCACAGCUCCAGAGAGUGGAAUCUAUUCAUCGAUCUUAAGUCAAUAUAAUGCAUAGACUUCUGCCCAUUCAUAAGAGAAAACUAUUCUACUAAUAAUAUUGACUCUGUGAGUAUGUGCUUAGAACAGCAUUUAAGGAAAAGCAUCUUGUCCUUUCGGAGCUCACACAUGGUAAAGAUUCUUUGUCUAAAAAUACAUAUAGAAAAAUAUAUAUAGAGAGUUUUGUGAACACUUUCAGGAGGUAUAUAUGUGAGUGCAAACCUGGAUUCUGGAGUGGUGCUUGCAAAUGUAACUUGUCUUUUUUUACCUUCUUCAUAAAGUCUAUCUGGAUUCAAAACCUCUAAGACUUCUGGGCAAGUUCUAAUCUUUUACAUAAAAAUCCACAACAAGAGCUCCUGGUCUUAGAUUACUGUCUGUGUGGAUCGACACACUUGCGGAUCAAAAUUUGGAUCGGGUAUGUGAUCACGCGAUGGAGCGCCGUCUCAUCCAGGGAGAAUUCCCACCUCAGAGCUGAGACAUUGACCUAAAAAAAGCAUCUCUCUGGAAUGCUCUUAAAAAUAGUACCAUAUGUACGUUUCACUCUGCUGCAAAUAUGCUCACCUUCCAAACUAUAUCCUGACUUCAUUAUUUUUCUUUUGUGUAAACAUUAACACUUUGUCAUAUCAAGCAAUUUUCUGCGUAACAAACAGUUCCUUGGAAAACCAAACAAAGACGGACGUUUCGUCGGCCGCUGGAAGAAGUGCAGGCACUGCGUUUUAUGUCCCGCUGAGUGCCUGGUGAUGGAUCGUCAAACUUUGUUGAUGUGGGGUCCAAAUGUUUCAUUGACCUUUUCGUUUUGAUUCUCAGCACUCUCGUUAAGAAGGCAUCGCGAUAAAAUACAAAUUGACAAUAAACGGGACAAAUGUGGCCUUUAUGUGCACUUUGCUUUUAUAAACAGAGAUCGCUGAGCCAAACAGCUCUGAACUUGAGCUGGGUCAGGGGAAGAGUGAGGGAGAGGAACCAAAAGAGAGAGAGAGAG